AUGAACACAUUUCUGUUUGGUCGUGAACUGCAACGAAUUAUUGCCAUUGGUCUUCUUCCACUGAUCGUUUAUAGUAAUGGGCAGUUGAUUGUACUGCCAACAAAUCUGGAAUUUUUUAGAACGACUGACUUAUUAUCAAUUGCUGACACGAUGCACAGAAUUAAAGAUGAUUUCAUCUCUCUUGGGCAGCAAUUAUUCUCGACUGGAAAGGAAGGAUUGCAUCGUAUCGUCGAGAAUGUUCAACACAAUUUCGCACGUCUAGCGCAUAGCUCAGUGCACACAUCCAACGCUUUUUCGGAUCGAGCAACCGUUGCCUACGCCAACACCUCAUAUCAGACGUCACCAGAACCACCGUUUGUAGCCAAAAAUAAUCGAUCAGCCAAGUACACCUUCCGAGUGUAUUCAAAUGAAACCGAUCACGAGUACUGA